GUUUUUAAUAAAUUCAUGAUUAUGCAUACUAGAUGGUUUAACCUUCUUAUGGUUUAUACGUGCUUGAUUUUAGAACAUCUUAUUUCUAUUUAAACAAGCUAAAACUAGUUUUGUCUACCCAUGAUGAUCAUGUAUAAUGUUAUAUGCCUGGUUGCCAAUGGGGCUACGCAUUGGCCAUGUCAACAUGUUAUUUUGCUUGUUAUAGACCGAAGCUAGCCAGUGUCCUGAUAUUCAUGUUUCUUGCAUGAUAUAUUGUGGCAGACUUCCUGUACUUGUUCCUGAAAAAUAUAUUUUGACACAAUAUUUAAUACAUGAUUAGUCUGUUUUAAGUUCUAGCAUUGAGACAAAGCUCUAUGAUUCAGUUUUGAGUCUUAAUUAAUUAUUUGAAAUUCUGAACAUGUAUGGCAUGCAUACUGAGUUGUGCUCACACCUGCAACAAACAUUUUUAAGUACUGCCUAGAGGCAGGACGACGGGAUAUAUGGGUUGAGACGUAACUAGAUAGUUAUUUUGUUUUUAGGUUUAAUAAUUAAGAUUGAGAUUUUCAUGACUCGAGUUUGGAGAUUUGUGUGAUUUUAUCAUUGGAGACAAUAAAAAGUUAUUAUUUGAGUUUUGUAAAUAUUUGGAGUUCAUUGAGUUUCAGUGGAGAAACUUGGAUGGAAUUAUAUUUUGGAGUUAUAUAGAUGUGUAUACUUGUAAGUAGGUUAGCAGGUUCAGAGCCUUGGAUGUCUGUAGAAAUACUCUGCAGGUGUACGGCGUCUGCAUGCUCCUGGUUUCGGGAGGUGAUAGCGACCUUGUCAUCGACCCGCAACAUGGGAUUUUGGAGUCCAAAACUUGCCAAAUCUGGACGGCUUUGAACAUCACAAGCAAAAGCAGGGGAUGUCUGUGCCAAAACCUGGACAGAGCUAAAACAGAAGAUGAAACAGAGGAAAACAGAGACCUCCAUUGCAAAAACAGGGGAGUUCAUUUUGAGUGAUCUUAACAUGAUACCCAGAAGUUAAAUUUUAUAGAGGGAGAGGAGUUGAAUGAUUUUAUAAGAAGAUAUGCUGUUUUUUAGCAGCCCCUGAUGGAAAUGCAUUAAAUUGGGGGUUUGUUUUUUUGGCAGGGAAAACUGAAAUGAGGAUCAGAGAGGGAGUAUCUGAAAGUUAUAUUUGGAGUUUUAGGAAGUAAAGAGGGACUGCAUGAAUGUGAAGAAAGAGAAGAGAAGGAGCAGUAUAGGAAAUGGUGUAUAAGGGGCUAAAUUUAUUGAAGGUCUUGAAAGUUGAGAUUUUUAGGUAUUUUGUAUUAGUCACGGGAGGGAUGUGGUGGCUUGUAGCUCCAUUCUUUAGCUACCUACUUGGUUAAAGACCAUUUGGAUUGUUCUUAUAUAUAACUCUAAUAACUUACAUAAUACAUUAAUAAUUUUAUUCGAUAUUUUUUUUCUCUUCUUAGGAAAACUAUUUUCAGCUUAUUCAUGUGCAUUUAUGUUUCAGAUUUCGUCUUUCAUAUCCUAGGCAGAUACUGCAAGAAUAUGGAAACUUAUGUAACAGACUUGUGAAGGAGAAUCACAGGUUGUAUUCAAGUGUUUAGAUGAUGAUGAUGGUGUGAGGAAAUGUAUCAAGUCCAAAUUUGAUAACUGCAAUGGAUAUUCGAGGAUAAUAAAUUACACCGCUCCAUAGAAUAUGGAGGAAAGAGAAGUUGAAGGACUUGGAAUGCACACUUAUAUGAGUUCCAUAACAAUGGUGUAUCAUAAUGACAUUAAUGGGCCGCGAAGGAGAAGGAUGGACAAUAGAUGGACAUGGAUGUACUUGAGGAUCCACUUGUAGUUGACAUUGGAGAUCCGAUGCUGGAUUGGAGCAAUGAAAGGUUCAGAUCAGCAGAACACUAUGUUAUUUUGAAGCCAUUCAUUGAUUGAUCCUCCUGUACAUUCUUCUAAUGAUUUGACGAUGAAAAGAUGAUCUUUGUCCCAGCUGAAGUUUUAGGAGGUAUUGAUUUUGUUAUGGAAAGCGGUUGCCUGCUAUGGCCAAUUCUUGCUCUUCAUUUUUAGUAUGUACAUGAAACAUAUGAAUCAUUAGAAUUGUGGAGAUCGUGAUUACAUGCAUGGAGUGUGAAUGAUGUGCUUUGUAUUUUGCAUGGGAAGUAUACUGGGUUUACAUGUACAUUGAGCGUGAUUUCUUACCCUUUUUGUGAUUUUCAAGGAAAAAAAAUAAAAAACAAAAUCUUGU